GCUCCGUUGGGGAAGCGUCACGCCCAUGACAAGCGUGACAAUUUGAGAGCUCGGCCGAUUUGGGGCUCUCACUAAGCCGCAUUGGCGCCUCGUUGGAUUUAAUUCUGACUUGACAAGUCAGAAUCUCUUUUCAUCCACGACCUCCGUAUAAAAUCUCAUACUCCUCACUCAGUCGUUCUCUUGCAUCUACUGUCAUGGCACCAACAGCCAUCUACAUCUCUCAUUCCGACACAAACGUCAUUGCUGCAACUCCAAUCAAGGGUCCUGCAUUGGCAAUCGGGUCCUUGAGCACCGCUGAGGAUGGAAAGUAUCAGUCGCUCAUCACAGACCUAGAGGAGACUAGAAAGGUGGAGAAGCAACUACUAGAUAGGUUACUUGACAGAGCUACCGCGCUCUCACCUUCUAGUUUCGCCUCGGUCCAUGUUAUACUGUCUCCGUCCGACUAUGAGGGUCUUGCGCAACGCCUCUCUGAGCUCCUUGCUCAGCUCCACUCCAGUCUAGAGCCCCUAGGCACACUCCAUAUCCAAAACGUAUCAUAUUCCCUCCCAAACCUUCAUUCAGAACUCACACUCUCUGGUUUCACUGUUCUCUCAUCUGCGGAGGGAACCGUCAUUGCCCAAAAGCCUGCUCACAUAGUUGGCACUUCUUCAUCUCUGAAUGGUUCUGUAACCGCUCUGCCUCUGCGGCGGAGGAUUGACCCUGAGCGGAAGGCGUCCAAGAAAGCACUUUGGACGCUGAGCGCCCCCGCAACUCCCCCUAUCGAUGCAGAAAGCCUCUUGACAGAUGCAGAUCGUCAACGUCCUGCUGCAUGUGAGCCAAUCUCUGGGUCGAACACACCGCGGCGGAAGAAAGCUUGCAAGAACUGCACGUGCGGUUUGGCUGAACUUGAGGCUGAAGAGUUGGCACAAAGCAAGGUGGUCCUACUCAAUGGCGCAGAAAGUGGCGGAGCAGUCGAGGUUUUACAGAGUGACAAGGAGAGGUUGAUCGCUGCAGCUGCAGCUGCACCAAAGGCGACGAGCAGUUGCGGAAAUUGCUACCUUGGAGACGCGUUCCGGUGUUCCAGUUGUCCCUACCUCGGCCUACCCGCCUUCAAGCCAGGCGAGAAAGUUGAGAUAGACUUUGGCAUGGACGAUAUCUAAUCUGAUACCCGGUUAUUGCUCGAUCUCCACCCUCUUCCAUAGAUGUUUUGCCACUCGAUUGCUUUGUAGGUGUACAUAGUUGUAUCCCCUCCCUCUUGGAUGUUGUAUUGUAGUGAGUAUAUAUGUGUAUUGCAUGGACCAAUCCUCGUUAUUGCCCUUCUGUAGUAAGUAAAGAAUGGCUGAGCAAUCGCAUUCCCUCUUUACAUGACCCACACAU